GAACUUGUAAAUAAAAGCCGGCUGCAUGGCCUGUUUUUGAUGGAGUGGUCCAGCCCAAGGCACCAACACAUCCAUCUCUGCUGCGAUCCGUCUCACAGACCAUCACCUAGUAUCUUUGCUGCUGCUGUUCGCAAACCAAGCUCUGAAAAUGUAUCCUACUUCAAUGCUGCACUAUCUUGUCGCUUUGGCAGGAGUCUCAACUGCUCUUCCGGCCACUCCUCGAUCCUACAAUGUCCCUGCCGGCGAUGGCUUUCCCAACCCGAGCCCCGAACAGCUCACGGCCAUCCAGCAAAAGGCAGGUGGCCAGCUAUCCAACGCUCCUCCGCCGCCAAAGCUUGCCCCAGGCAGUUUGACCGCCUUCCAGCUCAUUGCCUUCAACGAGAACUUUGAGGCAGCUUUCUUCUCUUCUCUCGCCGAGAACAUAACCAACGACGUCGCCGGAUUCGAGGUGGGCGACAGCAACAAGAAAGACGAGCUGCUCUCAAUCUUGGAGACCGUCAAAGCUCAAGAAGAGCUGCAUGCCAUCAACGCCCACAACGUCCUGACCAAGUUCGGCACAUUCGCCCCUCCGCCGUGCUCAUACAAAUUUCCCACGUCUGAUCUCAACUCCGCCAUCACCCUCGCUGAAACCUUCACAGCCUUGGUGCUCGGCACACUUCAGGAUGCCUCGCAGCUGCUGGCCACCAACGGCGACGCCGGCCCCGUUCGCGGAGUUGCGUCGGUGAUAGGCCAAGAGGGCGAGCAGAACGGCUGGUACAGGACAUUUCUGGGCCUCAAGCCGAGCGAGAAGCCCUUCCUCACCACAUCCGUUGCUGCGUUCGCCUUCAGCGCUCUACAGGGCUUUGUGGACAGCUGCCCGUUCGACGUGAGCCAGAUCGAUAUCCCCAUCUUCCCGCCCUUGAGUGUUAUCAGUGGCUCCGGCGGCCUGGACGUCGAGGCAAAAGACCAGCCGCUUUCAUUUGAGGCGGACCUGGCGGGCGUGGAAGGCGCCAAGAAGUACGUGGGUGGAGGCGGCGAAGGGCUAUUUGUCACCUACCUGACGGGACAGAACUUGCCAGUCAGCCAGCCAGUGACCAACGUCUCCUGGAAUGGAGAGGCGAUUAAGUUCGAGGCACAGUUUCCCUUCGUUGCGAAUAUUAUGGAUGGUCUCUCUGUCGCCGCUUUGACGACAAGGGCGGACUUCUCUACGCCUGGGGAUGUCGUCACGGCCACGCUGGCCGCGCCCGGAUUGAUACAGGUUAAUGAUAAGCUGUAGGCAGGAUGGUGGUCAUUACAUGGCGUUCCGGGGCUGCACACUGCAUGAGAAUUUUGGUUCAUCUCUAAUACCAUAAUCGGAUAGAAGCUCCCUUGAGUUCAUGGUCAGAUAGCGUUUCUUUGUUUCUUCUCCUUCAUUGCAAAGCAUUCCAAUAUUUUAAUACCGCACGUCAA